AAGGAUUAUCUUAACCUCUCCAAGGUUGUGAUGGGGAUCGUUGAGGACCGGAAUAAGCCCCAAGGUUUCCAUCCCCAGCGGGACCCCCUUGGGAGUGGUGCACCACCAGUUCCUCGCGAGGACCCCUCGGAAGCCCUUGUGCAUCAGGCUAAUGGAAGCAGGAGCAGCAGUGGAGCCAACAGCCGCAAGAAGGGCGCCUGCGGUGGACGCCUCCAGCCCACUCAGCCAUCCGGCCAAGGGAUCUGCAACUUCUGCAGAUUUAACGGAGAGUCCAAGAAGUUCUAUUCUUCUCACCAAUUGCAAAGAGCUGAUGGGGUGGUCACCUGCCCCAUCUUGCGCAAGUACACAUGUCCGAUCUGUGGAGCCACUGCCGACAAGGCCCACACGCGGACACAUUGCCCCCUCAAUCGAGGGGAACAGUUCAUAUACCGCAAGUGUGGACGCAACUCAGCCGGACGCAUGGUGAAGAGAUAA